AUGAAGAACGUGGCGCUCUCCUUUGGCUUCCUCGUGGCGCUCAUCUCGUCGACCUCCGCCUUCACAAUCACCUUCAAGAAUAAAUGCAGCUACACCGUCUGGCCUGCUGUUGGGAAGGCCCCGUACGGUGUUCCCGACACCUCUGUCUCUUUUGGGACGACUUUAGCGUCGGGAGCAUCUGCUAGCUUCAGUGUUGACGACUACGCCCUCGGGAUCCGUGCCUGGGGACGUACAGGCUGUAACUCCAAUGGCGCGAGCUGCGCUACCGGCGGAUGCGUCGGAGGCAUGGUAUGCACAGACGCUGGUCUCAACUCCGGUGUGAUCGUCUCAGAGUACGGAUAUGCAAACUUUGGAUCCUCCGGCGGAGGGAGAACGUCCUGGGAUUUGAGCCGUGUCAAUUUGGCCAUCAACAUUAAUACGAAGCUGGCCAGCUCAGACGGAACUAGCGUGACAUGGACUUCGAGUUCAUGUCCCGCUGAUCAAGCGUACUCUUACUCAACGGACUACGCUGCUGAUCGUAACUCUGCUCUUGGUCAGACGUACACACACACUUUCUGCCCUUAA